CCUCCUUACCCCUUAAAAACCAGGCCAGAGCGUUGAAGCACGGCCAGAUCCGAUAACCAGAGGCAAAAAGUGAGCUAAGAGGGCAUUCACGCAACGUUUUGGGCUUGGCGGCUGUGUACUGCUAAGUGGCAGAAUCAUCCUGGCACUUCGUCCACCCCAAAAGUGCACCAUCAGUCCAUCUCGAAUCCGGAACCCUUAAUUCCAUCUUAAUAUCGACACUCUUUUCACGACUCCGACUCGCGAAUAGUGUCGUAUCUCUCCCUUUGACCGCCUCCUCGAACAAUCCCGUCCCAUCACCUCCAUCAGCUGUCUCGCAAACAUGGGUCUCACAUUCUCCAAGCUGUUUGACCGACUAUGGGGAAAGAAAGAGAUGAGAAUCUUGAUGGUUGGUCUUGAUGCUGCCGGAAAGACCACUAUCCUGUACAAGCUCAAGUUGGGUGAAAUUGUCACCACUAUUCCUACGAUUGGUUUCAACGUUGAGACCGUCGAGUACAAGAACAUCCAAUUCACAGUUUGGGACGUUGGUGGCCAAGACAAGAUUCGACCUCUCUGGAGACAUUACUUUCAGAAUACCCAAGGUAUCAUCUUUGUUGUCGACUCCAACGACAGAGAUCGUAUUGUCGAGGCUCGUGAGGAACUUCAACGCAUGCUCAACGAGGAUGAGCUGCGCGACGCUCUUCUCCUUGUCUUUGCCAACAAGCAAGAUCUUCCUAAUGCCAUGAACGCUGCUGAGAUCACCGACAAGCUUGGUCUCCACAGUCUCCGACAACGCGCUUGGUACAUCCAAUCCACCUGCGCUACUUCCGGUGACGGUCUCUACGAAGGUCUCGAAUGGUUGAGCAACUCUCUCCGCAAGGCUGGCCACAACUAGGUGAUCCCAUCUUGAAACCCGUCACGAGUGCAUGUCGCAUACAUAGGGUUCAAAAGGAAAUACUACGCCUUCCACAGUUGGUGUUCUGCAAACCAAAGAUGUCGCAAGGCUUGCAGUGGCUCAACUAUUGUCAUCACAAAACACUGCAGUCUCGGCCUGAAAAUGCUCCAAUCACGCAUAUGAAUGAUCUGCCUGUCUCUGUCCUGGGCCACGUUGGGGGAGUUUCUUCGAUAGUUUUGUGCGAUUGCUGGCAUACCUUGGCUUCGAGGCGGCAGGAUCCGGUACACUGCAGAAACGAAGCAAAGGUUGCGAGCAAUGAAUAGAAUUGACCUUUCAACACUG